AUGGAGAACUAUAGUUCCAAAUGUACGUUGCUACUCCCCAGGCACCGGCUGCUGCCUCUCCCGUCUGACUGGCCAUUGUCCUGCAUCCUGAAAGCGCCAGGCAUCGCGGCGUCCGUCAUGGUGGUCAGUCGAUUCGCCGAACUGCCGCCUCAAGAGUUCAGUGGUACAGCUGAUGGCGAUGCCCAUUCGCCGGAGUGCCGGCAGAAGCGCACUUGGCGUGCCUCGUCGUCUGUCCGGUCUGUUCUGCCUCUACACUUCGGCGGACAGACGCCGAAAUGGAGCUGGUGA